AGGUUUUGGAGAUCACAUUCAUUGGAGGACACUAGAAGAUGGGAAGAAAGAAGCAGCUGCCAGCAACAAGAGGUCCUUGACGAGUCAAGGGAGGCAGGAAGUGCAGUUUGCAUUUCCGGUUCGCGUCGGAGACGGCGACAACCCGGAAGUUGACGCGGCGCGGUUGCACAUGGCCGCGCCGAAGGAGUAUGCCGCUGGUGGUGUUCUGCGGCCUGCCGUACAGCGGCAAGAGCCGGCGCGCGGAAGAGCUUCGCGGGGCCCUAGCGGCCGAGGGCCGCGCGGUGUACGUGGUGGACGACGCGGCGGUGCUGGGCGCGGAGGACGCGACAGUGUACGGCGAUGCGGCCCGUGAGAAGGCGCUGCGCGGGGCCCUGCGAGCCGCGGUGGAGCGGCGCCUCAGUCGCCACGAUGUGGUCAUCCUCGACUCGCUUAACUACAUCAAGGGCUUCCGCUACGAGCUCUACUGCCUGGCGCGGGCGGCGCGUACCCCGCUCUGCCUGGUCUACUGCGUACGGCCGGGCGGUGUGAGCGGGGGCCCUCGGGUGGCGGGCGGAGAGAACCCGAGCCGGAACGUCAGUGUGAGUUGGAGGCCGCACGCUGAGGAGGGAGGGAGACCUCUGGCGGCAGGCGCUGUUGUCCUCAGGGAGCCGCAGGCAGUGCAGUCGGUGGUAAAUGGGAGAGGCCAGGAGGACGUACCUAAGGAACUGGAGCAGGAGGAAACCAGGGCGCCUGAUCUUCCAGCUCUCGUGACUCCAGAAUUCGAGAAAUCUGCAAAACAUGUGUCCAGUGCCUUUUACCCUCCCGAACUGCUGGAGGCCCUAAUGCUGCGUUUCGAGGCUCCAGACUCUCGGAACCGCUGGGACCGGCCCUUAUUCACCUUGAUGGGCUUAGAGGAGCCAUUGCCCCUGGCAGAGAUCCGGAUUGCCCUGUUUGAGAACCGGGCUCCCCCACCCCAUCAGUCCACACAGUCCCAGCCCCUUGCCUCCGGCAGCUUUCUGCACCAGUUGGAUCAGGUCACGAGCCAGGUGUUGGCGGGACUGAUGGAAGCUCAGAAGAACGCAGUCCCCGGAGACUUGCUUAAACUUCCUGGCACUACGGAGCACUUGCGGUUUACCCGGCCGUUGACCAUGGCAGAACUGAGUCGCCUCCGUCGCCAGUUUAUUUCCUACACCAAAAUGCAUCCCAACAAUGAGAACCUGCCUCAACUGGCCAACGUGUUUCUGCAGUAUCUGAGCCAGAGCCUGCACUAACCAGAGAGGGCAGAGGGAAGACCCCAUGGCUCCUUAUCUAACUCCACUGCACUCUUUCCCUAGGAAGAAUAAUCCGAAGGUCUGCAGAGCAUAUUGAUGUGUGGUACUAGAGCUGUUGUGACUGAUUCACUCACGCUUUCGUGAAUGCCUCUGUGCCAGGCCUUGAGUUUACAGCAUAAAUUUGAAACUAGAGAGAAUGGAGAACUCGCUCAGAGGAUGGUGGCAAAUUUCUCCAGAGGACAGAGUUCAGGUGGACAGGACUUGCUUAGAUUGUGUUCUACUUGAGAUAGUGCACAGUGUUGAUUUUCCGCAUCUAAACUGUGGGAGAACAGACUGGGUGGAUGAAUUGUUUUAAAACAAUUGUGAAGAGUAACUGUCCAUAUCUGCACUGGCCCUUCUUUCAUACCACAGUUUUUUGAGUACUGUGCCUACUUUUUGCUGAUCUCUGUCCUGGGGACUGGGGUCACAGAUAAAUCCACUGGUUUCUGUCCUUGGGAAGCUUUGGUUCUAGUGGAAGUGAAAGACAUAACUACUAGAUUAUUUCAUCCAAUAAAAUCUUUUAAAAGAAUGUCUGCUGAAAUCUCUUUUACAUAAUGUAACAAUGUUCUUCAUAUAAUUUACUCAACGUAAUAUUUUAGAUACACAUGUAUCACUGUUAUGCCAUUGACUGAAAUAGUAGUUUGAUAGUGCUUAGUGAGAGACUAGAUGUUUUGGUCUAGCCUAGAGUGGCUAUGACAACUUCCAUAACUUCUGCUUCCUUCUGUAUUUCAAGGCAAAUAUCAAUUUAAGCUUGUCUUUCAUUCCUUCAUUGAUUUCAUUAAGUGAAUGGUAGGUACCCACCAUACCAGCACUCGUGAUUUUCAAAGAUGAAUUAGAUACAGUCUUUGCCCUUGAGAAAUUAAUAGUUGGAUGAGAAAUACAGACAAGUACACAGAUGUUGCCAGGAUGAAGAGGGCUGGUGUUUAGAGGAUGAUGACAAUGCUUUGGGAGCCCAGAGGAGGAAAGGAGUAACUAGCUGUUGGAGAAGGUGGUUUGGGGAAGGCUUCACAGAGGAGUUAACAUUUGAACUGUCACUCUAGAACGAGGUUUCAGCAAAGGGCCAAAUAGUACAUAUUUUAGACUUUGUGGGCCAUAGGGUCUCUGUUGCAGCUUAUCAACUUUGCCAUUGUAGCACAAAAGCAGCCAUAGACAGUGUACAAAUGAGUGUGAAUGUGUUGUAAUAAAACUAUGUACACUGAAAUGAGAAUUAUAUUUAAUUUCAACAUCACAAGGUACUAUUCUUUAGAGGUACUUAUUCUUUUUCAGUCAUUUAAAAAUAUAAAAAAGAUUCUGUAUCUUACAGCCCUACAGAAGCAGGCAAUGGGCUAGAUCAGGCCUGCAGAAUGUAGUUUGUUGACCUCUGCUCUAGAAGGAUCAAUAGGAGUUUGGUUGGGAUAAAGGAGGGAGCAAGACAUUCUAAAUUGCUCUGUAAGUUCGUGGAGCUCUUAAAAGGAUGGGCUGCCUUGACUGGUGAUGUAUUUCUUGCUCAUCAGGCAAUCUGGACCACCUUUUGUUUCUGAUAUACGAGAGAGGAUUCCUGCAUAAGAUGGAGAUUUGGUCUAGGCAACCUCCAAGGCCUUUUCCAACCUUCAUUCUCUUAUUCUAAAUUAGUUGAUUAUUGGUUGAGUUGGGUUUAAACCCGUGAAUUCUGGAUUGCUAUUCUAAAUUGAAGUAAACUGUAAUGGUCAGAAAGAGCAUUGGUUUUGGAGUCAGACUUAUGAAUUAGCUAGUAAGUGGCAGAACCUAAAAUCUAGGUUGGCAAAUUGGCAUUUGAACCUUGAGAGCUUAAGAGCUUCAUCUAGCCAAGACUGGUUCAGAUAGAUUAUAUUGCUAAUUAUUUUUAAAAAGAAAAAGAUUUUUCCUACCUGAUUCUAAAAAUUACAUGUAAUUGUAGGAAAAUUGGAAAAUACAGAAAAAGUAUAAUAAAAUCCACAAUCUCAUUAUCCAAAGAAAACUGCUAUUAUGUUUUGGUACAUUUCCUUUUAGGCUCUUUUCUC